UCGCGGAGGGCAACACGAAUCGCCUUCAGUCAAACGUCAAGAAACACCACACUUGAAAACCACCCGUAACUACACACAACCUCAACAAACCCCACGAAACAAAGGAGAAGAGGUGCCCAGGACUCUCUCCCGGGUAAUUACAACCUUCCUUCGCCUCAGCAGAUAGCUAAAUAAAGCCAUGUCCAGUAAGCGGCGAACACCCGCUGGCCCGACGAAGGAGAAGGAAAGCAAGAAAUUGAAGAAAGAGGAGAAGACGACCGCCAAGGAUAAGAAACCGAGCGAAGAGAAGGCCAAGAAUUCGUCGGAGAUAACGUACUGUGGCGGCCCUUACGAGUUCACGAAGCCUCCGCCCAAGAAGAAUAAAAAAGGGGAGUUGGUGUUCGAGGACGAGCCGGAGUUCAGGCCCAACUUGACCCCCAAGGAAGUCCUUCAAGGGGGGAGCUUCGGGGGCACCUACUUCAGGCCGAUCCGGUCCAGCGUCACGGGAGAAUCUUACUCAGGAGUGUGGAAGGAGUUGCCCAAGGACUGGCUUGAGGGCCUCAGCAUAGGCAAAACGGUUUCAUCCUCAAUAUACGACGAGAAAGUCAACAAGUACAAAGCCAAGUGCGGUGGAUCACUGGAGAUGUGGGAGGAGAGCGGAUGGAUGCACAAGCAAGACCCCUACGGAUGGUUCAUGUGGUAUUGCAGGUUCUACCAAGGACGCCGCACGGAGGACGACGAGAGACAGAUCAGCCGUUGGAAGAAGUGUGCCGGAGUGAAGGGCAGAUGGCGCAACAACCUCAUUACCAAGAUUGUCCGAUCAGGCUGCUCAUAUGACAACGCUGGAGUCUCACCAGUUGUGCGCCAGACUCUCUUCCACUGGGCCUAUGAACUCACAGAAGAGGACUACAAAGUUGGGGCCAAAAGAGUGAAAGUCUAGUCGGAUUCCAAAGAAAUUGGAGUGAAGUGCUUAAUUUUUUAUAAUAGAAAGGCAGCAACAGGAUGACUCGGAAAGAGAGAAAAUUCAUGUGCCUGGUUUGCUUUAAAUGUGUUCAUGCUGAGUCACUGUUGACAGUAUGUACAAAUGUAUUUAUUCAUGUCCUUUAUCUUCCUUUAAUGAGGAUUUUUGUGUCAUGUAAAUGUUGAAUCUCAUAAUUUUUACCUUCAGGUCUCUAAGAUAAGAUGGCUAAUGGUGUUUUAGCCCAACAUCUUGCAAGAAUAAAUUAUAUUUUUGUA